CCUCCAGCACUUGCUGUGUGGAAGAUUUCAUGUUUGCUGUGUGACUUGAGUGUGAGUCUGUAAACAAGCAGAAGGGCAGAGGCAAACACAAAAGUAAGAAGGGACGGCAGGACUCAGUUCUGGAUGCUGGAACCCGGGGAAGUUACCAUACCCGUCUCUUAGGCUGAACACAUCUGCAGCACACCGAACAUCAACAUUCAAACUGCAGGGCUGAUUUUGAUCCAGGAUGCAGUCCUACCUCACUUUGCUGAUGGGGAUUGUGGUCUCCGCUUCUUCAGUGGAAUGGAGGCGUCCGGUGAUCAAGUUCAAUUCUAAGGAGGUGGAGAGCUCUGAGGUGGUGGUCAAGCCUGGGACAUCUCUGGAUCUGCAGUGUGUGGGUGACGGGCCUGUAAACUGGCAAACGAGGCUACCCAAACACAGACGCUAUGUGUCCAGAGGCAACGGGAAUGUCCGCACCUUAAAGGUGGAACAUCCCUCCGCAGAAUUCACUGGAACAUACAAGUGUUUUUACAGUGUUGGAUCACAGCGUGAAGACUUGACCUCCUCAGUGCAUGUGUAUGUAAAAGAUCCAAACCGUGUGUUCUGGACCAGCAGUACAUCCCUGCAGGUGGUGAGGAAGGAGGGUGAGAGUUACCUGCUGCCCUGCCUGCUGACCGACCCAGAAGCCACAGACAUGGGCCUCCGCAUGGACAAUGGCACCGCCGUGCCACCAGGGAUGAACUUGACGGUUUACCGACAUCGUGGUAUUCUCAUCCACAGCCUCCAACCCAGCUUCACUGCUCAUUAUGUCUGCACAGCCAGAGUCAACGGAGUGGAGAGAACCUCCAAGGCCUUUUCCAUCAAUGUCAUUCAGAAGCUUCGUUUUCCUCCAUAUGUCUUCUUGGAGACAGAAGAAUAUGUGCGCAUUGUUGGGGAGGAACUCAAGAUUCGCUGUACAACACACAACCCCAACUUCAACUACAAUGUCACCUGGAAAUACACCACCAAGUCGAAGGUAACGGUAGAGGAAAGAGUUUACUCCAGUGGAGAAAAUCGCCUGGACAUACAGAGCACACUGACCAUUUCUGCUGUGGACCUUGCAGACACAGGAAACAUUUCCUGCAUUGGAACUAAUGAAGCAGGGGUGAACAGUUCAACGACAUACCUGCUGGUUGUAGACAAGCCUUACAUUAGGAUGUUGCCGCAGCUAUCCCCUAAACUGGCUCACCACGAUCUUUUGGUUGAAGUGAACGAGGGAGAAGAUCUGGAGCUCAGCGUGCUCAUUGAAGCGUAUCCUCAGAUCAUAGAACACAGAUGGCACACCCCAACAUCUCCCAACACAUCCACACAGGAGCACAAAUUCAUCAGAUACAACAACAGAUACCAUGCUAAUCUGCAGCUGAAGAGAAUGAAUGCACAGGAGCAGGGGCAAUACAUUUUUUAUGCCAGGAGCGACUUAGCCAAUGCAUCCAUCACAUUCCAAGUUCAAAUGUAUCAGAGACCUGUUGCAGUGGUGAGAUGGGAAAAUGUAACCACACUCUCUUGCACUUCAUUCGGCUAUCCUGCUCCCAGAAUCAUCUGGUACCAAUGUUUCGGGAUACGGCCCACGUGCAAGGGAAACACCUCAGGGCUUCAGGCGGCGGUCCCUCUCCAGGGCCUGACAGUGGAGGUCCAACGGGAGGAGUAUGGGGCCGUGGAGGUUGAGAGCGUCCUCACUGUGGGGCUGUCCAACCAGAGGAUGACGGUGGAGUGUGUGGCCUUCAAUCUUGUUGGUUUCAGCAGUGACACUUUUGCCAUGGAGGUUUCUGACAAGCUCUUCACUUCCACCUUGACUGGAGCAGCAGGCAUUCUAGUCAUCCUCCUAGUGCUACUGGUUUUUCUGCUUUACAAAUAUAAACAGAAACCAAGGUAUGAAAUCCGCUGGAAGAUCAUCGAGGCAAGAGACGGAAACAACUACACCUUCAUUGACCCCACUCAGCUGCCUUACAAUGAGAAGUGGGAGUUCCCAAGAGACAAGCUCAAGCUAGGGAAGAUUCUGGGUGCAGGAGCUUUUGGAAAAGUCGUUGAGGCCACAGCCUUUGGUCUGGGAAAGGAGAAGGAUAAUGCGAUGCGUGUGGCUGUGAAAAUGUUAAAAGCCAGCGCUCAUGCAGAUGAGAGGGAAGCUCUGAUGUCUGAACUGAAGAUUCUGAGCCACCUGGGACACCACAAGAACAUCGUCAAUCUACUGGGAGCCUGCACUUAUGGAGGACCAGUGCUUGUGAUCACAGAGUACUGCAGCCUUGGCGACCUCCUGAACUUCCUUCGUCAGAAGGCGGAGACUUUUGUGAACUUUGUCAUGAACAUUCCAGACAUUAUGGAGAACUCUACUGACUAUAAAAACAUCUGCCAUCAAAAACAGUUCAUUAGAAGUGACAGUGGGAUCUCCAGCACAUCUUCAAGCAGUUACUUGGAGAUGAGGCCCACCCAGCUGCCAUGUGUGGAAUCAUCUCAAGAAGUGUUUGAGGAGACUGCUGACUGGCCACUGGACAUUGACGAUUUGCUGAGGUUUUCUUAUCAAGUGGCUCAGGGUCUUGAAUUUCUGGCUGCAAAAAAUUGUAUUCACAGAGAUGUGGCUGCUAGGAAUGUCCUUUUGACUGACCGAAGAGUAGCCAAGAUCUGUGACUUUGGCCUGGCACGUGACAUCAUGAAUGACUCCAACUACGUAGUGAAGGGCAACGCACGUCUGCCAGUGAAGUGGAUGGCUCCAGAGAGUAUCUUUGAAUGUGUCUACACCGUCCAGAGUGACGUCUGGUCCUACGGCAUCCUUUUGUGGGAGAUCUUCUCUUUGGGCAAGAGCCCCUACCCCAGCAUGGCUGUGGACUCCAGGUUCUACAAGAUGGUGAAGCGUGGCUACCAGAUGUCCCAACCGGACUUUGCCCUUCCUGAGAUCUACAUGAUCAUGAAGAUGUGCUGGAAUCUGGAGCCUACAGAGCGUCCCAAAUUUAGCACGAUCACUCAGAUGAUAGAAAGACUACUUGUGGACCAUCCUGAGCAGGAACAGCUAAUCUACCAGAAUGUGCAGCAGGAGGUCACAGAGGGUGAAGUGUGUGAUGAGCCCAAGUGCUGCGACGGCCCCUGCGAUCAGUCUUGUGACCAUGAGGAAGAGGAGCGGCCUCUGAUGAAGACUAACAACUACCAGUUUUGUUGAUAGCCCUAACUGCCAAUCAAUCAGCAAGUCAAUCACCCGUCAGCAAGCAUCAGUAAAGCAGGAUCAGCUGGUCACAAUACUUCAGCUUGUUCUAACCGCCGGACAGUUGCAGAGAGUCACCUUCACAACUAUUUUUUGCCUGUCGGCGUCUGCUCGCCAGACAGACAGCAGCUGCAGCAAGCAUGUGACUUGUUCUUUGCAGACAAUGAGUAGAAAUUGCCACACCGAAUGCAUACAUGAAAGGAGGAAACAAGCACAAGCAUCCAAAGCUGUACCUUAUCUUAAAAGUUACUCUGUCAUGGACUGUUUAGCCCUCUUUCUGUUAUAUAUUUGAAUUAUAAUCUAUUACAGUUCAUCCAUAUGUUUGUCCUUUCUUCUGAGCGUUUUCAAUUAUGCUGUAUAUUGUACACCAUGUUUAUCGCUAUAUUUUUUUUUAUUGCUCCAUGACAGUUCAAGUCUCGUUUCUGUGGAGAUUUCAGUCACUUUUGUCAGCAGGUUCACUUCCUUAUCAUCAGUUUGUUGCACGUAUGCUUUCUCAGAGGAAUUGACCCAGCAGUCUGCCCUUCUGUAUGUGAUCUAGACACAUAAAGAAGGGUAGGGUUAGGUUUUAUUCUCUGGUCACCUUAAUUAACCAUCUGAACAGUACGAGUGUUUUGCCGCUCACUUAGAUAUGCUAAAUUUAUCGUGGAGGAAGCAAAGAAUGACCACAUUGUUUUCCGCUGCAUGCUUUGGUCAUAGCUUUAUUUCUUGUGUCACACUCACAGUAGCUGUCAGUGGGUGGUAUGGGAUAUUUCCACUUCGAUCUAAUUAAUUAACCAGUGUUCAGUGUGAUAAAGGAGCGGGGUACUGCUGAACUGAGCAGGGAGAUGUGUGGAUUCAUUAUGGAUCAGAUGAACCAUGAUUCAUGUUUGACAAUGUGAAUGUUUGUGUGUGUGUGUAUGUGUGUGUGUGUUUGGCUGCUUGGCACAUCUUACUCUUGUUAUUUCCUGUAGCAACACGAGUGUAUGGAUAUAAACUUUACCAGUAUCUGUAUGUAGCAGUCAGCCUACACUGCCAACUCUAUGAAGAUUAGAGAAUAAUUUAUAAGCUAUAGUAAGAUAGAGACUGGAAAUUUGUGUGACUUCGGAUAUUUCAAAUUCCAAAUGAAACAUGAUGUCUAAUAAUGUGUAAACCUCAUGAAAUCUCUCAACGUUUUUCUGUAAUAUUGUAGAUAGCAGUGCAUUAGUAUUUCAUAUAUCUGUUGUGUUUUUUGUGCAAAUGAGACAAUCAGUGUAAAAGCUGCCAAUUAAAUCACUGGAAAACUGCA